GGAAGAUCUUCUCCGUCUUUACAGCCUGUUUAAGGCGGAGUUUCCUCAGACUGACCUUCUCGCUGAUGAAGCUUGUCUCUGCGUGAACAGAGGAUGGCGCUGUUCAGUCAGCUCUUCACUGCUCUGCUGCUGCUGCUGCAGUUGGAGCUGCAUCUGGUUGGUGGAUCUGAAGCUGGAGCUCCUCAAACUCUCAGCUGUCCUUCCCCUGCUGGGGUUCCAGGAACUCCCGGACACAACGGCCUUCCUGGCAGAGACGGGAGAGACGGGAGAGACGGAGCCGCCGGACCCAAAGGAGAGAAGGGAGAGCCGGGACUGAGUGUGCAGGGACCUCCAGGCAAGGCAGGACCAGCAGGUCCAUUAGGUCCACCUGGACCCCAAGGACCAAAGGGAGAUGCAGGUCCACCAGGCACUGCAGACAAUGACUUGAUCAAAUCUCUUCAGUCAGAACUCCAGUCUCUCAAAGUCAGACUCUCUACAAUGGAGAAAGCUGCAGGUUUUCCCAUCUUCAAGAAAGUAGGGCAGAAAUACUACGUGUCAAACGGGAUGAAGGCAAAAUUCGACCGCGGUCUGAAGUUCUGCACUGACGCUGGUGGCACCAUGGUUUUACCAAGAAAUGAAGCUGAAAAUGAAGCUUUAUCUGCAAUGCAUGCAACUUUGGGUUCAACCUACAUACUGCUCGGUACAACAGACAGAGAGACAGAGGGUCACUUUGUAGAUCUGAACAAAAAACCUCUGACCUUCACCAACUGGAUGCCAAAUGAGCCCAACAAUCAUCAAGGGAAAGAGGACUGUGUUGGUAUUUACACUAAUGCCGAGUGGAACGACCUAAAUUGUGAUUCAGAUUUCAAUGUUGUGUGUGAAUUAAGAAGUUAGCACCUAGGAAUGAUUCAGAAUUAGUCACAUUACGUUAUGUAGUUAAUCGCAAUGUGUUAUUGGCUCAAAUCUGUCCUUAAAGAAUGUUGUUAGCUAUAUGAGUGGACAAAGAAAGCUUCAUUGGAGCUUAAAUACUUUCAGUAAUUCAUUAACAUUAACAUUGUUUUUUGUCAUGUGAAUGUAGAACCUGAACAUGAAAAUCAUUUGAUUUCA